AUGAAUAGACAAGAAAUAGAAGCUAUGCUGGAAUCAAAUUCGGACUCAUAUUCGGAAGAUUACGACGAUACUGACGCUGAUCCAAACUGGUCCUCGGAAAGUGAACCGGACGAAAAUAUUUACGAACGUGAAUUAUUGGAUAAUUGUAACGUAACUAUUAAUACGAUUGGUAAUAAUUGGAAUAACGAUUUUUCUAAUGGACAGCUAAAUAGUCAUAUAAUUUUUAAUCCUGAUGUAAAUACUACUGGAAUAAAUCCAGAUAUAAUUGAAACUAUGUCUGAUGCCAGUCCUAUCGACUUUUUUUAUCUUUUUUUUGACAAAGAAAUUAUUGACAUGUUAGUGGUUGAAACAAACAGGUAUGCUAAUGCUAAAAAAAACACAGCAGGCUUAUCUCGACAUGCUAGAAUUAGAAAAUGGGUCGACACAAAUGAGCAGGAAAUUAAACUCUUUUUUGGUAUUGUUAUGUGGAUGGGCAUGGUGAAACUGCCAUCAAUUGCUCACUAUUGGAAAAAUUCUAUAUUAUAUUCUUGCAAUAUUCCAAAAUGUAUGUCCCGAAACAGGUUUGAAAUUAUUUUGAGUAUGUUACACAUUUCUGAUAAUGACAAAGCUCCUACUAAUGAUAGAUUAUACAAAAUCCAAAUAUUGAUUGAUUUACUCGUCGAAAAGUUCAAUAGUGCAGUAAUUCCUGAAGAGUCAGUUUGUAUCGAUGAGUCUAUGGUCCCUUACUUGGGUCGAUUAUCGUUUCGGCAGUAUAUUUCUAAUAAACGUCAUCGUUAUGGAGUCAAAAUCUUUAAGCUGUGUACACGGGACUUUUAUACGUCAAAAUAUAAAAUAUAUGCAGAAAAAGAAGCGACAAUGGGUGAUUCAGUUUCAUGUAAAGUAGUAAUGGAACUAAUGGAACCAUAUCUCGAUUUCGGUAGAACAUUGUAUGCAGAUAAUUGGUAUAACUCCAUUGACUUAGCGGAAAAAUUAUUGCAACGGAAAACACACUUAGUAGGAACUCUUAGAUCAAAUAGAAAAAGAAAUCCUAAAGAUGUCAACACAAAAAAAACUUAA